GGAGCUGUCCAGUGUGGAACACGUAUGUGGCCGGGCCAGACCCCAGCCAGCCACACCGAGCAGAGCCCGGGCCGAACGGCUGCGGGUGCUGACGCAGAGCGCUGGGACCGCCAGGAGCAGUGAGCUCCAAGCCGGGCAUGGACCUGCAGAGACCCGAUUCCUACCAGGGAGGAGCUGGCCCCGACUUUAACGAGCAAGUCCUGCAUAAGACCAUUCUGGUGGGCGACAGCGGCGUGGGGAAGACUUCUCUGCUGGUUCAGUUCGACCAGGGCAAGUUCAUCCCAGGCUCCUUCUCGGCCACUGUGGGCAUCGGAUUCACAAACAAGGUGGUGAGUGUGGAUGGCGCAAGAGUGAAGCUGCAGAUCUGGGACACUGCAGGGCAGGAGCGGUUCCGCAGUGUCACCCACGCUUACUACCGAGACGCCCAGGCAUUGCUGCUGCUCUAUGACAUCACCAACAGAGCUUCCUUCGACAACAUCAGGGCCUGGCUCACUGAGAUUCACGAGUAUGCCCAGAGGGAUGUGGUGAUCAUGCUGCUAGGCAACAAGGCGGAUGUGAGCAGUGAAAGAGUGAUCCGGUCAGAGGACGGGGAGACGCUGGCCAGGGAGUACGGCGUUCCCUUCAUGGAGACCAGCGCCAAGACGGGCAUGAACGUGGAGUUAGCCUUCCUGGCCAUCGCCAAGGAGUUGAUCCACCGGGCGGGGCAGCAAACUCAAGAGCCCAGCUUCCAGAUCCGAGACUACGUGCGGUCUCAGAAGCAACACUCGAGCUGUUGCACCCUUGCGUGAAAAGCCCCGCUUUCUCCCCAGCAUGGCUUCUUCUCCGAGGGGGAGGGGAGGCCCACCAGAGUCCCCUUCUGCAAAGGAGAAGACUCAACUCCCACCCCAGUUCCUGCUUCCCCUGGGAUUGUAGCAUCAUUUAAAACAUUCACUGGGUGGGGAACCAGGAUACAACUAAGUUAGGGCCUCAGUGGCUCACUUUUGCCUUCUGGGACUGAGGGACUCCCCCCAGGUCCCCACCCUGGGCAGUACCAGGGAGGACCAUGCACUUGUAGUUGUAUGAAGGCAGGAGACCCCAUGCCUACUGUCACUUUAACUGGACAGGGGCUGGGCUGCCCCUCCAUGUCCUGGGGAGCUAGAGCACAGCCUGGGGCAGUCACAGCUAUGGCUUUGGAGGCAGCCCACUCCCCAGGACAAGGGGAAGAGGAUCAGAGACCAGAGUUGGCCUGUUUGGCCCUCUGGCCUUACCAAGCCCUUCCCAGUGGACACCUGGUGAGCCUGGCUCUUGUCUCUGCACCUUAGUUCCUAGGGAACCCCGCCCCCAUCUCUAUCUUACCUGCCUCCUGCCUGCACCCCUAGCCACCAUCCUAAUCCUGCAGCAGGUACACCUGGUAGUGCUAAGCUCUCCAGGGUCAAGAGUCAGAUGAACUCCUGGCUCCUGGAGCAGGUGGCCCAAGCACCCCUAGCCCGUCCCCCCUAAGCCCAAGCUCCACCUCUUACCUGACCAGCGUGCCCUAGCACUUUUCAAUGUUGAGGGUCCCAACUGCCCAGUGUCCUCUCACUGUGUCGGGUGAGGGAGUGAGAGGUCAUUCAUGUCUGGGACCAGUGUGCCAAACAAGGUCACGUGGGUACACCUGCCCCCCGAGGCAGGGUGGGCAAAGGGCCAGCAAAGAGUUCAAACAGGACCAAGGUCACAGUUCCCAAAGCCCUGCUGUCCAGUUCCAAGGAAGUGACCCUAAGAUCCCCAGGUCAUGACCUACAGGUACUUUGACCUCAGCCCUGCUGGCCAGGGGUGGAGUUGGAGGGGUGUUGGGGGGCGGGGAGA